CGGACACCCCGAGCGCUCGCCGGCACUUUUCCAUUCACUGCGCGUGCGGUGCCUGAUUGAGCCAGGCCGAGAGAACCGGCGCCGGGUGCCGCGGUCCCCCCCAGGAUUCCUCUACAAAAGACACUCCGUGGACCACUCGAGGGAAAUCCUCUCGGAAUUCAAGGGCGGCCGGCCACGCGCGUCAUCCCACCCGGCGGCACCUGGACGACUUUUCCGCGCGAUUUUCUUCUCCUCAACGUGGGUCUCCUCGCGUGGAUAUUCACGGGCUCCUCCGACGGCAUGGCGUUCCGGGGGAUUUGUCUGUUGAUUGGAGCACUUGUCUGUUCUGUCUCUGGGAACGGAUCUUCCCAGCCACAAGCAAGAGUGUAUUUAACCUUCGAUGAGCUUCGAGAAACCAAGACUGCGGAGUACUUUAGCUUAUCCCCCCACCCACUAGACUACAGGAUAUUACUAAUGGACGAAGACCAAGAUCGGAUAUAUGUGGGCAGCAAAGACCACAUUCUUUCCUUGAAUAUUAACAAUAUAAGUCAAGAUCCUUUGAGUGUUUUCUGGCCAGCAUCUGCAAUCAAAGUUGAAGAGUGCAAAAUGGCUGGCAAAGAUCCCACACACGGUUGUGGGAACUUUGUACGUGUCAUUCAGACUUUCAAUCGCACGCACCUGUACGUCUGUGGGAGCGGCGCCUUCAGCCCCGUCUGCACGUAUUUAAACAGGGGGAGGAGGUCUGAGGAUCAAGUUUUUGUGAUCGAUUCCAAGUGCGAAUCCGGGAAAGGACGCUGCUCCUUCAACCCCAGUGUGAACACCGUGUCUGUGAUGAUCAAUGAAGAACUUUUCUCUGGGAUGUACAUAGAUUUCAUGGGGACGGAUGCGGCCAUUUUUCGAAGUUUAACCAAGAGAAAUGCAGUCAGAACCGACCAGCACAAUUCUAAGUGGCUCAGUGAGCCCAUGUUUGUGGAUGCUCAUGUCAUCCCUGACGGCACCGAUCCCAAUGAUGCGAAGGUGUACUUCUUCUUCAAGGAGAAACUGACGGACAACAACCGGAGUACCAAGCAGAUUCAUUCCAUGAUUGCCAGAAUAUGUCCUAACGACACGGGCGGGCUGCGCAGCCUGGUCAACAAGUGGACCACCUUUUUAAAAGCAAGGCUGGUGUGCUCCGUCACAGAUGAAGAUGGCCCGGAAACUCACUUCGAUGAGCUAGAGGAUGUAUUUCUCCUGGAAACUGAUAAUCCAAGAACAACACUGGUAUAUGGCAUUUUUACGACAUCUAGCUCCGUUUUCAAAGGCUCAGCAGUGUGCGUGUAUCAUUUCUCUGACAUUCAGACUGUGUUUAAUGGACCAUUUGCCCACAAGGAAGGACCCAACCAUCAGCUCAUUUCGUACCAGGGCAGAAUUCCUUAUCCUCGCCCUGGGACUUGCCCCGGAGGAGCGUUUACUCCUAACAUCCGAACCACCAAGGAGUUUCCCGAUGACGUGGUCACGUUUAUCCGGAACCACCCGCUCAUGUACAACUCCGUCUACCCCAUUCACCGACGGCCUCUGAUCGUCCGCACCGGCACCGACUACAAGUACACCAAGAUCGCCGUGGACCAGGUGAAUGCGGCCGACGGCCGCUACCGCGUGCUGUUCCUCGGGACGGACCGAGGCACUGUGCAAAAGGUGGUUGUCCUUCCUACAAACAGUUCUACCAAUGGCGAGCUCAUUCUGGAAGAGCUAGAAGUUUUUAAGAAUCGUGUUCCCAUAACAACCAUGAAAAUUUCAUCCAAAAAGCAACAGUUGUACGUGAGCUCCAAUGAAGGGAUUUCCCAAGUGUCCCUGCAUCGUUGCCACACCUACGGCACAGCCUGCGCUGACUGUUGCCUGGCCAGGGACCCGUACUGCGCCUGGGACGGCAAGUCCUGCUCCAGAUUCUACCCGACGGGCAAGCGGAGGAGUCGGAGACAAGACGUGAGACAUGGCAACCCACUGACCCAAUGCAGAGGGUUUAAUCUCAAAGAAUAUAGAAAUGCAGCUGAAAUUGUUCAGUACGGAGUGAAAAAUAACACCACGUUCCUCGAGUGUGCCCCCAAGUCUCCCCAGGCAUCCAUCAAGUGGUUGUUACAGAAAGACAAGGACAGGAGGAAAGAGGUUAAGCUGAAUGAACGCAUCAUCGCCACGUCCCAAGGACUCCUGAUCCGCUCUGUUCAAGACUCUGACCAAGGACUGUAUCAUUGCAUUGCAACAGAAAACAGCUUCAAGCAGACCAUAGCCAAGAUCAACUUCAAGGUGUUAGAUUCCGAAACAGUGGCUGUCGUAACUGAAAAAUGGUCCCCGUGGACCUGGGCCAGCUCCAUGAGGGCCCUCCCCUUCCACCCCAAGGACAUCAUGGGGGCGUUCAGCCACUCCGAAAUGCAGAUGAUCAAUCAAUACUGCAAAGACACUCGCUCUCAACACCACCACCAUGGCGAGGAGACACAGAGGAUGAGAGGGGACUACGGCAAGCUUAAGGCGCUCAUCAGCAGCCGGAAAAGCAGGAACAGGAGGAAUCAAUUGCCUGAGUCAUAAUCGACUCUCCCGGUGUGGGUUAAGCCUCUGAUAACAAAUGCUCAGUCUGCAAAACAGCCACGUUUUGAACAGUCUUGUGCUUUGCCCUUGAGAAAUCACUGAACUAAGGUCAUUACUCUUCAAGUGAAGGUUUUCCACGAACUGAAAUGAGCAUGCGUUUUCUUGUAUAAUAUCGACUAGCACUAGACUUGUCAUGGUCUUCAUGGUGCAUAGAAGUAUUUAACUGAACCCAAAUUUUAUUUAUAUCCUUUAUUCACCUUCAAACUCCAUCCGGCGGCUACAAAAGUAAGAGUCGCUGUAUCCCUCAAUUGAGACAGGGUCCUCAUCCUGGGCUAUUGCUAUCCUGUUCUCUGAGUCCAGAGUUCUGACCGGCAGUGCUUUUUCUGCAGGAAAGCAAAUUCCACAUCUGCAGUUUUCAUGUAGAGAAAGUCAUACACAAAUGCAAGAAACAGAACAGCCGGCAGCAGAAACGUAGUCAGUAUACUUGACACGGAAGGGGCCAUUUAAGAGCGAUACGAAAACACGAAUGCAUCAUAAAGGCAAAGAAGGUUUUGAUACGCUGCCAGUGAAGUGCGGAGGUGUUUUCAGAUCCGAGGUCUUGUCCGUUGCUGAUAUCUGUCACGGACCUCUGUUGCCUCGUUUCAGGUAGAUUAAAAAAUGGGUAACUUACACCAUAAAGCAGAGAGAGCAGAGGAGCCGUUGGGUUUAUCUUGUUACAUGAUCAUCUUCUGAGCAGAAGCACUUUUCGGGGAAAAGUUAUUUUAAGUUAUUCUAGACUGACCUACAGCCUUCCACUAUUUAAUUGAUGACUGUGUCGUACCUGGUUUUCGUAUUGGCAUUUGUCAAUAGGAAAAGGGACAGAGUUUGGAAGUCUCGAGCUUCUCUGUGGGGAAGGAAAUCAGCAAAAAGGAGAAAAGAUGGAAAAAAGCCAAGUAGGAAAUUCAGUAGUAAGAGGAAAUGUGUUAGUAAAUGUGGUUCACAUUCAAAUUAGGUAGUCGAGCUGGGUGAUGAAUUGUCACUGUUUUAGAAAGCGAGGCUCACAUACUAGACUCUAAACUGAUUUUUAAGUCAAUAUUUUAUUUUUUAUAAGCUUUUGCUUGUGGUGGGGAGGUACUCAUUAUGUCAAGAAAGGAAAAAUAAUAUAAAAAUAUUCAUUUUAUUUAUGUUAGUAUUAUAUUGUUUUUUCUUUCACGCAUCCUUUGAAAUGAAAUUAUGUUCACUGGUAAAUGUGGAAAGUUUUAUGAUUAAUAAAAUUAUUAUCUCCUAAUUGUGUGUUUGGAUAAUUAUAUUAGAGUAAUUUCAUAUUGAAAUCAUCUUCUCCCCAUAGAAAUUAGAUGAGGAAAAUGCAAUACAUUUCCUCUUGUUCCUAUAUUUUAAAAACACAGCGUGGGGCUUUGCAAUUCAUUUGCUUUGAAGACAUCUCCAUGUUUUCAGACGAAUACAAAACUUGUGCCAAAUUCCUAAGUAUAAGCUGGUGUUAAAAUUAUAUCCGAAAUUAAGAACCUGUGAAGCAGGUCAUUAAGGUCAUACUGCUGCCCUUUAAGAAAUUUCAAUGCGAAACUUCAAGAAGUAGUACCACUGUCAAAAUGAAUGGGGUUACCAGUCCAAGCCUGCGACUGUGAUUAAAUGGUGACAAGUCAUGGCAUUCUAGGGUGGCAGUUAAAAAGAACAAAGCAACGGCAAACCAGAUUUAAAAAUCUAUCCCAAGUGUAUCUAAUUCUAAACUUAUCUUCAAAGAAGUUGGCACUGCGCAUGGUUUGUCUGCCUUAAAGAUGUUAGGUUUCUUGUCACCUCUGCCUGAGCAAACCAAACUGUAUCCAUGCAAAACGAAAUCAUGUUCUGUAUUUGUGAUCAAUCUAUGCCACACGCACAGUCAAAAGUCAUUGUGUAAGCAUCACAAUUCCCCCGGCUUCACGUCAACCCAAACUGAUAGCUAAUAAGUUAUUUGAUUUAAUAUCAUGAUUGUGCUAUUUAAUGCCCUUUAUUUUGCCCGUUACUAAAAUGUCUAUGCCUUUAUCACUUUUCUUUUAAAACUUCAGAUGUUGUCUUCCAACAUAACCCUGCCAAAUGUAAAGAAAAUUUUUUUCCCAAAAGUAUCAUUCAUGGUUAUUGAACAUAUAUGGUUGGCUGGUUUUAUUUUGCGUAAGUUGACGAUUUCAUGACUUGGUACUUUUUUUUUUUCCGAUUGUAUUGUCCAUACAGUUGCCUAGAAAUGUGCUUUUGCCCCUCCCGGUGUAGGUUUGUGAAUAGCAUGAUGGAAUCAUCCAAUGAAUCUUAAAUCUUUGUUAAAAAGCAAGUUAAAUGUAAUUAGCCCACGAAAAUGUAAUUGGAUACUUAAAUUAUUGGUCCGGAAAAAUAAAACAUGUUGAAUUCCC